AAAAAAAUCAACACAACAAUCAUUCAAAAUAGCCGGCCUUCUGAAAAUCGUCGUCGGAUUACAAAAAUCUAUUUUUACGAAGCAAAAGUUUUCAAAAUCCCACUUCAAUUGUAACAAAUUCUAUUCGAAUCACAAUGAGUGAUGCCCGCCAGGAUCCAGCUCUCCAACAGACCGCGGAUGCAACCGGAGAAGACGAAGAAACGCUACUCACCCGUCAUCGUCGAGAGAAGAAGGAACUGCAGGCCAAAAUCCAGGCCCUGAAAAAGGCCAAGGUGGACAAGAAAAAGAAAAAAGAACAACAGGACGAAAUCACUCGACUGGAAGCGGAUUUGGAGAACCGACACGCUGAAGAGCUGAGUAAGUUGAAUUCGUUGCUGAUAAGCGAGAAGGCCGAGUCUUCAACUGCUGAAGUCGAUGCCGAAGUGGGAGAGGAAAGUGAGACCGUAAAGCAACCGAAGGUAUCGAAAGCCCAGCGGAGGCGGGAAAAGAAAUCACAAGAGGAUAAGGAACGGGAAGCACAGAUUAAGGCGGAAGAGGCGCAAAAUAAGAAUUCUCCGCGAAUUUUGGAGGAUAAGAAGAUUGCCGAGCUGCUGGCAAAACGCGGAUUAAUCGGAUACUCGGUUCCUGCCGAUGGCGAUUGCUUGUACAAUGCCGUGAAGCAUCAGCUGGCUCGGAUAGGCGUUCUAAACUACGAGACGGCCGAUCUGAGGCAGAUGACGGCCGACUACAUCGAGGACAACAAGGACAGCAUUAUUUUCUACAUGACCAAUCCGGACACGGGCGAUAUCCUGAACGAGGACGAAUUUCGCAAGUACUGCUAUCAGGUUCGGAACACCAAAGCAUGGGGCGGCGAGAUCGAAGUCAAAGCCCUUUCCAGUGGACUGAAGUGCCCGAUCGAGAUCAUCCAGGCCAGCGGGACUUCGCCAGUUCACGGGGAAGGCGAAGAUCCAACCAGGAAGCUGGUGCUAACGUACCAUCGGCAUAUGUAUCGACUGGGGGAGCAUUACAACUCGACACUGCCUGCGCCGGCUGAUGGCGAGGAGGAUGAUGAAAAUGAGGAAGUCGAAUGAUUCGUGUGGUGGUAGACCACUGAUGUUUUAGGAAUAUUUAAUUUGUAUAUGCUACAAUCGAAUGUCUUAUAAUAAAGCGUAAAGUAAAUUAUAGGAAUAA